GAUGUUCACAAAAGUUUGCCCAAUCCGGCUCACGUAAUUUAAAAAUUGCACAUGCAGCCAACUGAAGACGUGACAAACUUUCCAAGAAGAAUGAGAGAAAUUGUAAACAAAGAAAGAUAAUAAUAUGAGAGUUUAAUGGAGGUAACAAAAUGGUUUGUUGAAUUUUGUAGUUCCACAAAAUCCAAUUAAACUAAUUGUUUUUAGUUAAGUGUUAACUUUUCCUGUCAAUACACUUUAAGAAUAUUUAUUUUCUCGAUGGGGGAAAGAUAUCAAUUUGACAGUUUGAGGGGUACAAAUAGUAAGUUGGUAGUUAUAUUAAAAUUCAAUUAACUAAGUGUUAUUGGUGGAGUUUUAACUCUUACACCUUAAAAAGAUUUUACUUGAAAAAAAAAUCAUACCACUUGAUAACAACUUUUACAUUCAUCCCGAGUGACCUUUUGUAAUCGGGGGAUAGGAGAAAAGAAACGUUCCUAUAUGUAAUAUCCUGGCUGACGUCAAAAUAAUAAAUAACUUUUGCACAUCUCCAUACAGACAGCGGAAAAUAUAUGGAAAAUAAUUUUCAUUCAGAACAGACAGACGCAAAACAAUGACAAAUAUGCAUGGAAAUAUAAGCGCGAGACGAGCGAUGAAUGAAAUGAACUGAACUGAACUGAAAUGAGGAAUUCACGAAAUGAGAACGCCAGAUGAUGAAGGAGAAUCGGAGUGGGGAGUGGGUUUCGAGGGGAAAAUGAGGAUGAAAUCACCGAAAAGGCCGCAACGCAGCCACAAUGGCGACCAAUAUUGGUCUGCCGAUUUUGGUCUUUAUAUUUUAUAGAAUCAAAGGAUGGGGGAAAAUGGCGAUGGUGAUGAUGGCAUUCGGUCAUCAUCAUCUAUAUCCCCCGUAUAAAUUAAUGGCCGUUGAGAAAGGGUAUCCAAUUGAAACUGCGUUUGACAACUAUUAGAUAAUACCAAAUAAUUGGUAGUACAAAUUUGUGUUUACAUGAAUUACAUUGAAUUGUUAUUUAUAUUAAAAUUCAUUUUAUAUAGUAUCUACAUGGCUUUUCUAUUGAGUUUUGUGCAUUUUAUGUGCAAUUUAAUUGCUACAAAUAAUUCCGAAUGGCUAUUCAGUAGAAAGUAAAGACAAUAUAAAAACAAGCCUAAAAAUUGCACUUAAUGUCAGAGAUCAGAAAGAAAAUGCCAAAGGGGGGAAAAAAAAACGUACAUAUAGAGGGAUGUUGGCUCGAGGGGUGGAAAAACCUUUUGCACAGAGUUCGUUUACAAUUGCUUUUAAUUAUGCGCAUUGUUCGCUGUCCGUUGUUGUUCAUUAUGCAGUUAGUUAAUGUCAUUUAGUUCAUCAGCUUAAUUUUUAUCGUUGCCUUUUUUUGUUUUUUUUUUUUUUUAUUUACAGCUUUCAGUUUUUCUCGUUUCCAAUUUCGAAUAUUGGGUUUUCACUUAUUUAUUUCGUUGAUUUUUAUGCUGGCAAUGAAAGUGAAAUAAUGUGCAUUAUGCAUACACAUGUAUGUAUGUAUAUAUAUAUAUAUAUAUAUAUGCUAUGAAAGACAGGAGAGAAGACUGACCGCCUCUCAACUUUUGCCACCAUAAAUCACAACAGAUCGCCACCGAACAGUGGAGCAAAACGCAUCAAUGUUGCUCAAAAUGUUUUCUUUAAAAAAAAAUAAUGUUGAUAAUGAUUUCAAAAUUAAAUAAUAAAUUGUAGGCAAUAGCAACCCGAAAGUUUAAGUCAAAAGUAAUAUUUCAAUCAAACCUAGUUGCCCUGGUGUUUUCUGUGAUCUCAUCUCGAAACAAACAAGCAGUAUUGUUUCGGUUUUUUGGAGCGCACACGUUCAAGGAUAAAAAAUCUGUUCAGUUUUCAUUCCAGUUAAUCAAAAUAAUCAGUUUUCUGGCGCUAUGGUGAAGACAAAUAUAUCGCUUAAGCUGCGGCGUUUGGUGCGAUCUUCCUGGACGGUCAUUUUUAACGACCAUUUCUGUUGGACCUUUAUCAAAAGCUAUGGACUUUUCGCCUUGGUCAUACCGCUGGCCAAGAUCCUAAAUGGUUUCGAAGUAAUGCCCACCAACCGGAUUUGUGCGUAAUAACAUUAAUAAUUUCAAGUCAAGAAAUAAUGAAUAUAAAUUCCCAAAGAGACCACUGGAAUCAACUUUUUGGGAAGAAUUUGCUUUACUCUCCAAAUCGGACAUUGAAUUAAAUUUGAUUUCACAAAUGAUCAAAAUUGAAUCAUUUUUGUAUAUGUUAUUUGAAAAGAUAAGAGUUGGCAAAUAUGUUAUAAUAAAGUGAAAAUUAAAUUAAA